UCAGUAGCCCAGUACUUUAUUUUUGUUUCACAGUAAUUUAUAAAUUACGUGCUAUAGGUAAUAUUUAUUACACGAGCGUUAAGAGGUUAUAGACAUUCGAAGGGAAGGCGAAGAAAAUUAAUACCCCGAUUUGUUAUUGUUAUGGUGCUUAGAACUGCAGCCAUGGAACACAAAAAAACAGUUUGUGUAAAAAGGGAAGAAACAAAUGAAUGCAUUGUAUCUACUGUGGCAUGCUCAAUGGUCCAGUUGUACCCAUGGAGUGUGAAAGUAAAGGAAGAAUUGCAGGAGAUUGGAAAUCAAGAGAUUAAUGGGAACAACACAGCUACUUGCAUAUUAUGUGAUCGUACUGAACGUGGUGCAAAAGUGGUUCUUGGAUUAGAAAUGGAAGCCAGUGAUAUCAACACUGAGCUACCAGUUUCAGAGAGAUGCAUCAAGGAAGAACAGGAUGAAACCAAGGAUCAAAAGAUUAUUGAAGAUCUACUUGGUGUUUGCAAAUUUUGUGAAAUUGAAGACAGAGCACUGGUACUUGCAUCACAAUCACAUGGCAGUAAUGUUCUUGAACAUCCUUUGGAAGUGUCGUGGUCCACUGAUGUUACCGAUGAUCCCAGACUAAAUUUUGGGUGGGAUGAAACUGAGAAUAAUAAUUCCAUGGAUGCACUGCUAGAUGCCAUUCUGGAAGCAGAGAGUGAGUGCUGCCCACCUCCUCUGCUGGUGCACAAGAAGGAUCUGAAUCCUGUGACAGCAGUGUUGGUUCCACUUGCGCCCAAGAAAGAACCGCAGGAGGAGUCGAAGAGAUUAUGGGGAAAUUGGAGUAUAUGAUGGAUGUCAAAGAUGGCAGUGUAAUCAGCAUAUGGAAAUGAAUAAACUGGAAGGAAGGUUUCUGGGAAAGCCAGGAGGCAGCCUCGUAAAGACAUGCACUAGACAGUACGCGGUUAAUGCUCUUUUCAUAAACAUACCAAGACUAGGACCUCUGAAGGAAUCAACCUCCAAAUUUUACAGGACAGUGGGCUGAACCAACAAUUUCUAUGAGAAAUCAAGGUCAAUGAAAAUUACAAGUGCUACCAGUAGAAUGUUGUUUAAAGAGCUGAAGGUGUCUGCAGAUAAAUUUUGGUAGAAGUGGCACUCUAGCACAAGUACUUUCCCCUUGAGGGAGCAAUGCAGCAUGUACUAAAAAUAAUAACAGCUUGAAGGAAAAUGAAUUUUGUGGUUUCACAUGCAGUUCAUGCAAGCAGAGCUUUUCUUGAAAAUAUAGGCACAUAAAGCACGUUUUUAUUCACACUGAUAGUGUGCUUCUGCAUAUAGUGCUGUGAGGUACUUUGCACCAUAGUGGCUACAGCAAGCAUUUAAGAAAGAGUGAACAUAAUUGAGGUAUGUCUAUAAUGAGAGAUGGAUUACACAAUGCUAGUGAGAUAUAUAAAUGUGGUGAGAUUUACAGAAACAAAACUACAAAAACCUAUCCAAAAGUUUGUCACUCGAACCUGAUUGAGAAGGGAUCUUUAUCUUAAGAGUGUUGUAACAGCUCGCUUAGAAAACUGAGGAAUAUCAGUUGUAUUUCUUUUGUAGAAAGCAGAUCUUAUAGAUCUAUGUACGAUACUGACGAAAUGCCAUGCAAUUGUGAUGUUUGUGUGAAAUCCUUUAUUAUGAUCAUCUCCAGAAUCAUUCAUUAUUACAUAUUGGCGACAGACGUCAUAAUUGUGAUUUUGAUAAGAAAAUGUUUGUUGUGAGUGUAUGGUAAACUUAAGAUGUCACAUUAGCACAUCCUGGCAAAAGUUUGAGCGAAAUCUUUUAUUGAGCAUUGUGAUAUCAAUACAUACUGUCGAAGUUGGAAACAAAUGUGAUAUUUGUGGGAAAUCCAUCAGUGUUUCCAGAUUUCCAGUUCCACCACAGUGUCACGUGUUGGGAAGAGGCAUUCAGUAAUACAUGCUAAUGAGAUGUCACACUAAUGCGAUAUCCUUGGGAUAUAUAUUACAAAUUUUGGUAACCUUCAGGGGUAGACAUUAACACACACUGGUGAGAGACAUAACAUGUAUGUUUUGUUUAUGGAAGCCCUGUUCUGUUGUGAUAGCAAGACCCACAUCAAUUAUAAGAGGUUGUUUUCAAGUCAUGUAUACAGAAAGUUAUAUAUUGUACAGAUAAUGCAAAAAUUAGGAUUAGUAACUACGAGCAAAAUCAAACAAGUGCAGUUCAACUGCAAUUUGUUUAUUGAAGUUAAAGUUUUAUUGAAAUCCAUGAACUAAUGUGCUGUGUGUAGUUUACAGGUAGGAAAUUGUGUUAUCUUUCAUGUGGAAACGUAAAUCACAAUUUAUAAUGCUAUAUCUGGUUACACAUCAAAAUUUGCAAUGAAAGAAAAUUUGUUACUCAAGGUUGUUGCCUGGAACCAUAUGGCUACAUGUUAAAUAUUUGGUUGAUUUAUAUCAACUUGUCUGUUGCAGAGCUCUUACAAUAUUUUGUUGUUUUUAAAAUGAUUUACUUAUGUUGGAUUUUUAGUGUAAUGUUUUCAUUAUUAAGCACUUAUUAAUUUAUUUUCCUGUAUUUAUAAUCUUUGUUUCAUUAUUUGUUGGUUUGAUAAGCUUCUAAGUUGUACAGAUGUUCAAUGAUUCUAUCGUUGUUUUAAAAUAUAAGUUUAUUAUAUAUUCAUGUGCCUAUUGUUUGUGUUUUUUGACUUAGCAUCAGAUUCUCUAUAGACAACUGUACUAGAAAAUUUUACUCCUAUUCUGCGUGUAUCACUGUAAUAAUGUUCGUGACUGUCUGUGUGUGGUAUGUGUUCUUUGCUCAAUAUAUCUUUCUCACCAGAAAUACUUUGAUGAAUAA